AUGACAGUUGAAUUUACAGUAUCAAGAUUCUUGAUUGUUGAAAAUCGUCCUAUGGAGUGUGUUGAAAUUUCCACUUCCAAGACAAGUAAGCAUGGUCAUGCUAAAUUCCACUUUAUGGUGAUUGACAUCUUCACUAGAAAGAAGGUUGAUGAUACUGUUCCCUCUUCUCACAAUUGUGAUGUUCCUUAUGUGAAUAGAACUUACUAUCAGCUUAAUGAUAUAUCUGAGGAUGGGUUUGUGAGUCUGUUGACUGAAAAUGGUAACACUAAGGACGACUUGAUGCUCCCAACUAAUGAUACUCUUCUGGCUCAGGUAAGUCAAAGAUUGUUUUUUGAGGGGAAGGACCUGGUUCUAUCUGUGAUGUCUGCCAUAGGGGAGGAGCAGAUCUAUGGUAUCAAGGAUAUUGGUCCCAAGUAGCUGAAGGUGGUAGUGGUGUUAUGUUAUAGAGUUCCAAAAAAAUGAUGUAG